AUGGCUACAAUGGAAGAAUCAAAUACCACUACAUUAGAAGAUGCUGAUGAAUUUGAUGCUUGGGAACCCGUCGACGGUGGUGACAGCGAUUUAUCGAAACAAAUAGGGGAGACAAAUUUGGGUGAUGAACUUUUGAAUAAAGAGACAUCUCCGGUAAGCAACGAUGAAACUAAUGUAUCAAAGGACUUAACUAUUGACACGGACAUCAACAAGACCAUUCCAAGUGAACAUUCAUCACCAUCAUUCAUAAAUAAUAUGAUAUCAUCUUUUAAGUUGAGAUCAGCAACUUCUCCAGCAAAUGCCGUAGCAUCACCUACCGAUUCUAUUAAGAAUCAACCUAUUUCUUCACCUAGCAUUAUUUCUCAUAGAAGAAAUACAUCAAUGAGUAGCAUUCAGAGGAGAAAUACAUCAACCAGUAGUAAUGCCAGUACUACAACUACUGCCCAUGAGAAAGAAUUGACACCUUUAGAACCGGAUUUUGAUACAAAACGAUUCAUGGAAAAUAAAUACAUGGACACAGAAUACCAUUUAGCAUCUAUUACCAGAAAUGUUGACUUUCAUAAGAUUUUCCAGAGAUCCUCGGAUGAUAAAUUGAUCGAUGAUUUUAGUUGUGCACUGAGUAAAGAUUUCCUCUAUCAAGGUAGAUUAUACGUGAGUGAGUUUAACCUUUGCUUUAUUUCGAAUAUUCUGGGCUGGAAGUCCAAAAUAGUCGAAAUUCCAUUCAAGAGAGUCACUUACAUCGAAAAGACAAGCACUGGGGGUUUGUUCCCUAACGCUAUUUCUAUCGAAACAAAAAAUGAUAAAUUUCAAUUCAAUAAUUUCAUUUCUAGAGAUAAAUGUUUCGAUCUAAUCAAAGAAGUUUGGUCUAGGAAUCUGCUGGCUAAAGAGGAAGAAGGUGAUGAAGACGAUUCAUCUUCUGAAUCUGAAGAAGAAUUGGAAAAGGAGAUUUCAAUGACAGAUUUCUCAGAUCAAAAUAUAUCUAGCUCAUUAGCGGACAAAUCAAAAUUAAUAAAUUGUUUCCAAUUCAAAACUUCAUCACCCUUUUAUGAUGAAAAUGAAACAAUCCAGUCCAGUGAAACUUUGCUGCCUGAACUGAAUAAAAAUGAAAGUAUUAUUUUUCAAACUACUCUGAAUUGUACACCAAUGCAAGCGUAUAAAAUAAUUUUCAAUGAUAGUGACUUCUUAAACGAGUUUAUAGAAUCUUUGGAUGGGUCGAAUAUUGAUAUUCCCACCGAACCUUUCAAUUUGGAAAAUCCUGUCAGGAACUAUUCCUAUGAUAAGGCAUUGAAAUAUCCUGCGGGGCCCAAAUCAACAAAAUGCAUUGUAUCUGAUGAAAUUAUUCAACUAUCAUCACGAGAAACUAUUGUAGUUGUGAAUUCGACAAGAACGCCGGAUGUACCUAGUGGUAACUCAUUCACAACAAAGUUAAAAUACAUUUUUAGAUGGAAUAAUGAAAAUAAAUGUGAAUUUUCCGUGGGAUUCUGGGUUGAAUGGACUGGUUCAAGCUGGAUCAAAUCAAUGGUGGAGAAUGGUGGCAGAAAUGGUUCUAUUGACGCCUGUAAUAUUUUGUUAGAGGUGCUAAAUAAAUAUAUUGACUCCUACAUCGAAGUUCUUGGGCUCGAGGGGAAAGAAAAUAUACCUUCAGCCCAGUCGAUCACGGAGAAACCAGUCUCAUCAACGACAGAUACUGGGGUCAAAAUUACCGAAAACAUUACCACCAGAUUGCUUUUAUUUGUUAUUGUGCUUUUGUUACUAUUGAAUGGCUAUAAUCAAGUCAAGUUACAACGCACGAUAAACAAGCUAGUAUUGAAAGUAAAUGAUUUAUGA